UCUGAACUGUUUCCUGUUUCUUGUGUCGCCUUUAUUUUUUUUCAUCUAAAAACUCGAUCGAAAAUGUCUCGAAGAUCUGACGGAGGUUACCUUUUUAUUGGCCGUCUCAACAAAAAUACGAGGACAAGAGAUUUGGAAGAGAUUUUUGAGACGUACGGCAAAAUAACGAGAUGCGAAAUUAAGUACAACAAUGGUCCGGAAUCUGGAAAAACUAUAUAUGGUUUCGUUGAUUUUGAAGACAGAAGGGAUGCAGCUGAUGCCAUUAGGUACGAGAAUGGACGGACUGUCUGCGGCUCGAAGAUCAUCGUCGAAUGGUCCAAGGGAACUCCAAGGAAGCCCGACGAGUUUGGUGGCAGCAGCAGAGGUAGUUAUGGCAGAAGAGAAAGCAGAAUAGGAGCGGAUGAGUGUGCCAGAUGUCACAGAACAGGUCACUGGGCCAGAGACUGCCCCGAGGAGAAAAGGGGCUCCAGGAAAGACUACGGCAGUAGAUCUCGCUCCAGGAGUCGAUCAUACAACCGGAGACGUAGGUCAAGGACAAAGUCAAAAUCUAGAUCAAGGUCGUAAUGAUGAUAGAGAUGUACUGAGUGAAAAAUUAACGAAGUAAUGUGGUAAUGAUAGUAGUAAUGUAAUGAUGACGAUAGGUAUUUUAGAACAUUAAAUUGAUGAUAAUAAAAAUGAUGAUCAAUACGAUGAUGAUAGUUAUGACAGUUGAAGAUGAUUAAGUCAUUUUUUCAGUGAGAAGUUGUGAGGUGAUGAUGUUUCUAAUGAUGACGGAAUGGUUUUUUGGCUCUAGUGAAUUUGGAGUGAAUUUUAUAUUAUUAUAAUAGUUUUUCAAUAACAUUGUUUAAUAACCGUUUUUUAUCCUGUGGUUAAAAUAAUAAUGGUUUUUUUUUCUAAAAAAAACUGAUUGUUUCUUGCUUUUACUUAUAGCUGAUUUAUAUAUAUAUAUUUAUAUAUGUAUACAAAGUAUGUCCGUGUGUGUACUUGUGUAUGUGUGCGCUAGUGCAUGUGUUUAGUAUGUG